AUGACGAUAUCAACUGCAAAGUCCCAGCUUUAUCAACUACUUGAAACCGUCGGUUGGCAGUCGCGAUACUACUACCAGGUAAACUUCUCAUUGGCCUUUGAUGCUCUCUCAAGAGGCACAACAGAGAAGCUUUGUUUGAGAACCACACGACUCGUGCCAGAAGCUCGGGUGCUCCGGUGA